AUGGGCCCGGCGAAAAUCACAAAAGAUCAGCCGGAUGCUGGAUUGAGGAGCCUAAAUCAUUAUGCCAACUCAUUACCGCUCUGGCGCUACUGGCCUCGACAGAAGCUCAUUCCGCUCGUUCGUUAUGAGACUCCCUAUCUAGCAUGGCUUCAGGAGAAAGUGCGCACUCCGGCGCUGGACUCGUACUUUGCAUUUACGGCCAAUCUCGGCACACACACCUUCUUCAUGGUCUUUCUACCCUUUCUAUUCUGGUGUGGCCAUACGAGUCUAGGGCGAGCACUCGUCCAUAUCCUCGCGGCCGGCGUCUUUAUUAGCGGCUUUAUCAAAGACCUGCUCUGUUUGCCUCGACCUCUAUCUCCUCCGCUCCAGCGCAUCACCAUGUCCGGAUCAGCUGCACUUGAGUACGGAUUUCCUUCGACGCAUUCGACAAAUGCUGUGUCUGUCGCCGUCUACGGGCUUGCGCUGUUGAACUCCCCAGACUCCACGGUUCCAUCCAAGACCAACUUGCUUUUGCAGAUCAUCACCUAUCUCUAUGUGACAUCCAUUGUCAUUGGUCGUCUGUACUGUGGGAUGCAUGGUUUCUUCGACGUGGUCGUUGGGUGUAUCCUUGGUGCAAUGAUUGGCUUCGCCCAAUUCAGUUACGGCCCGGCCUUUGAUGAGUAUAUAUUGUCUGCGACCUGGCUGGAGAUCCUGGUCAUUCCAGCUGUCAUAUUGGUCCUUGUCCGAAUUCACCCUGAGCCAGCGGACGAUUGUCCCUGCUACGACGAUAGUCUUGCAUUUACUGGAGUGUGGAUGGGGGUCGAUGUCGGCUCUUGGUAUUUCACCACGUCCCGCCUCGCAUGGGCGGACCCUCUUCCGGGAACAAUUCCGUACAAUUAUGAACAGAUUGGUAUCGUGGGAACUGUGAUCCGUCUCGUGGUUGGUGUCUUGUGUGUCUUUGCCUGGCGCGAAGUCACCAAGCCGACCUUGUUGCGGAUCCUCCCGCCUGUCUUUCGCAGUCUUGAAAAACUAGGUCUUCUCCUACCUCGUCGUUUCUUCACUACUGCCUCGCGAUAUACCACUGUUCCCUCAAACUUGAAAGAUAAUGAAGUUUUUCCGAACUUCUCGGACAUUCCAACUUUCAUUACAACUAUACGCCACCCUCGCCGCCGGGCAGUGUCCAUCGGCCCCCAGUCUGAGGCUGAUGCCUACGAAACUCUCGCUUACCGGGAAAAGCGCAGACGCGAGAGCCUCUCCGGAGGAAACCAAGAUUCUCCUGUCGGUGAUAGCCGUAGGCCCAACGGGAGGCCAGUACUCAACCGGAAACCGUCCAAGCUGGAUCAAUAUGAGGAGAUGAUGGGCACUGUCAACCCCAGUGUGGGCAAUGGUGAGGCUUCAUUGCGCCCGCCACGAUCUUCGGCCUUUCCUCCUUCUACCAACGAUCGUACCGGUACCGCCGACGAGAGAGAAGUUUUCUCACAGAUUAAAAAGCCUCGUGUCCGGUACGACGUGGAGGUGGUGACCAAGCUUGUAGUUUAUGCGGGUAUGAACAAGCAAACCGCCAGUGCAGACUUUGGAUGA